UGUCAUCAUGUUUGUUGGUGGGGAGGGAUGGAGUGAAGCCAGGGGAAAGAAAGGCAUCCUGGGUGCUGAAUGAGGGGUUAUUUCUUUCAAGCUCCCACAAGGAGACAGAGAACGAGCAGCGAGCGUUGGUCUGAUGUUCCCUGCCUGUCCUCCUCCUCUUCUCCUCUGCCUCCUCAAGUUUCUUGACCUUCCCCCAAGCCUGUUCCGACUCUCGGGACUUUUGCAGAAACCCACAAUCAGACCAACUGAUCUUUCUGCCUCUCACAUUUCUCUUUUCCAUCUAGAUUUCCUGGAAUUCGAGCUUCCCUUGACAACUCAGAUGACGCUGGACCCAGAGACGGCCAACGCCAGGCUUUAUCUGUCGAAAGACUGCAAGCUCGUGCGGUGGGAACGCCGUGAGCAGGACCUGCCCUCCAACCCAAAAAGGUUCAUAUUCAAUCCGUGUGUGCUGGGCUCGAGGGGCUUCACAUUGGGGUGGCACCGCUGGGACGUGGAGGUCCACAGAGAAGGCACAUGGGCCAUCGGGGUGGCCAAAGAGUCAGUUCCAAGGAACAGUUCGUUUUUCCUGAGGCCCAAUGAGGGGUUAUGGGCUCUCUGUCAUCUCCGAAAAGAGUACAAGGCUAUGACCUCUCCUGAUGACACCCCCUUGACUCUACACCGUGUCCCCAAGCAGAUACGAAUCUACUUGGACUAUGAGGAAGGGAGGGUGGUGUUUUUUGAUGCUGAGAGCAAAGAACGGAUCUUUGCUUUUCCACCGGCGUCUUUCCAAGGGGAGAGAGUCUUCCCGUGGUUCAUGGUGACGGGGGAUGCUCAACUCAAACUUCUUCCCUAAGGCACAGAACAAGAAAAAAACCCAACCCCCAAAGCCCUCGAGAAAGCAGGGGCUGGGUUUUGUCCCAAUCCCACCAAAGGGACAGGAAAGGGGAGCAGUGUUCAGAUUCCUUCCCUUUAGUGCAAACUGGGAGCAUUUCUGUGCCUUCAACUCUAUUUUGAUCUUUCAAUCGCUGUUUAAUCACUACAUGGCUGUUACAUGGUUGCUGCAAACUUGCCCUGUUGGGGAGUUAAAAGUAAAAGUUCAAUUCUAAACCA